UGUUGAAAAGUUUGAAAUUUGUACAAUAUAUGAGUUUGCACUUUAUUACUACCCAAAAAAAUAUACAUCAAUUUAAUCCGACAAAUGUUACUUUAAACACAGUUAAAGUUGUGGCUUCUGCUUAUUUGAAUUUGCUUUUUCACUUUUUACCUGGUGAUGAGGGGCCACUAAUCAUAACACUAGCUACUUUCUUCGUUAAGUAAAUAUAGAUAAUGCAUAAAGUUUUAUACCAUUUUAAAGUUGAAGCACAUUUCUCUUUUCUUAGUUAAGUGGAUAUAAUAUGUUAAAUUCUUGAGAUAGCCUUGGUCGGGUCCGGCCGCACCAUACAGCCCUAGCUUUAUUUCUUAUUUAUUUUAAUUAUUUUUAUUUAAUUGGUAAAUAUAUUUUUUACGAAAGAAACAUAGAUUUGAAUUAUUGGAAGCGUUUAACCGUAGAUUAAAAUUUACAAAAAAAAAAGAUGAAAGUGUAUUUUCGUUGAUCCUCUAUGCAAAUAACAAUCAAAAUAACAAAUAACCUAACACUUAAAAUACGCUUUAAAUCAUUUAUCAAAACAUAGUAUUUGAUAUAAUGAUAAUUUAUACGAUAAUAGUACAUUUAAUUAGAUAGAUUAAUACAGUACAUCAUAAUUGAAUAAGUAGGAUAUACGCAUCGUGCAUCUAGAGUGCUAUAAAGAGGAGUUUUGGGUUAAUUAUUUAUCCAUUGCACAAAAAAACACCAUACCUAAAUAUGGCUGCAACCGACAAUCACUUUAAGCUUACAAUGCUCCUGUUUGGAUUGCUCUUCGUCGCCUCUCUUCAUCUCACAGUUGGCCAGGUUGGCACUUUCUUCGGACGGCUGGGCACCAACUUGCCCGGCCCGGCCGCAACCGUGACCCUGUACCAACAGAACAACAUCCGCAGGAUGCGUCUCUUCGACCCCCAUGCCCCGACACUCCGAGCCCUCAGCGGCACCAACAUCCGCCUCAUGAUGGGCGUCUCCCACUCCGACCUCCGCGAUCUCGCCAACUGCCCCCAGGCGGCUACCGCCUGGGUCCGCCAGAACAUACUCCGCUUCCCGAACGUCACGUUCCGCUACAUCAUCGUCGGGAACGAGAUCGACCCUAAUUCAGAACUGGGGCCGUUCGUGUUCCCGGCGAUGCAGAAUGUCUACCGCGCCAUCCGUGUGGCAGGGCAGGGAGGCCGCGUCCAAGUCUCGACGUCCAUCCAGAUAAGCCUCCUGAGCCGGUGGAGCCCGCCUCAGUUAGCCGCGUUCAAGUGCAGCGUGAACUGGUUCAUCCGCCCGAUCCUCGAGUUCCUGAGGGAAACCCGAGCCCCGAUGCAUAUCAAUAUAUUCCCGUUCUACGCCUACAUCAACGACCGGAGGAACAUCAACCUCUCCUUCGCGCUUCUGCAGCCCAACAGCGGCGUCGUUCUCGGCGGUGUCUACUACGACAACCUCUUCUACGUGAUCCACGACGCCUUCAUUGCCGCCAUGACCAAGAUCCUUGCGGCAGCAUCGCCAUUAUCCCUUCAACAAACACCUGAAAUGCAGGCAGGAAUGGAGGUUAAGGGAACGACUGGUAUUCCAUCAGGAGGGGAAAAUGCGGCGCCUCCGCCGGAGGGAAGCAUUCCAUUCGAGCGCAACACGACAGCGCUCAGCGAUGGACCGAUCAACACGAAUAACAACGCUAGAACCUACAUCAACAACUUGAUGCGCGUGGUGAGGACCGGAACGCCGAUGAGGCCGGGCCGGCCGAUAGAGACGUACAUAUUUUCUAUGUUCGAUGAGAAUCUGAGGCCCGGCCCGGACUACGAGAGGCAUUUCGGGAUAUUCCUUCCCAACGGCCAGCCAAAGUUCCCGUUCCGAUUCCGGUGAUUUGUUAAGCGUGUAUGGUGGUGGUGUGAACGAGUUUGCAGUGUGUGUGUUUAGACUGUAUCGUGAGUGCAAUAGGAUAUCCUCCUAUUACUAUUAUUGUAAUUUCAAGUUGAUUAAUUUAGUUGGAUGUGUAGUGAGUGAAAUAAGUCCAACGUUUGUCGUUGUAGAAGGGAUCGUUUCAUAAUAAGUUCUAUAAUUAAAAUCUUUCUUUACAUAA